AUGUUGCCGCACACGAAGAACACAUACUGGCACGAGUUCGAUCAGACCGCCGGCUUCAACGUCCAACUGAACUACUUCGAGCGAUUAUGGGCCGCCUGGUACGCGUACAUUGGCAACGAUGCCCUCGCCACGGGAAUCAUGAGCUUCGUCAUGCACGAGACAUUCUACUUUGGAAGAGCACUGCCUUGGAUGAUCAUCGAUCAGAUCCCAUACUUCAACAAGUACAAGAUUCAGAACCAAAAAAUCCCCUCCGCAAAGGAACAAUGGGACUGCGCCAUGCUCGUCCUCCUCUCACACUUCACCGUUGAACUCCCCCAAAUCUGGCUCUUCCACCCCAUGGCUCAAUAUUUCGGUCUAGCUACAUCUGUUCCGUUCCCUCCGUGGUGGAAGAUGGCCUACCAAAUCGCCAUCUUCUUCGUCAUGGAAGACACCUGGCACUACUGGAUGCACCGCGCCAUGCACUGGGGUCCUCUGUACAAGAACAUUCACAAGAUCCACCACCAAUACUCUGCACCUUUCGGACUGGCUGCUGAGUACGCCUCGCCGAUCGAAGUCAUGGUAUUGGGACUCGGAACCGUCGGAAGCCCGAUUUUGUGGUGUGCCGUCACCAAGGACUUGCACAUCUUGACCAUGUACAUCUGGAUUGUUUGCCGAGUGUUUCAGGCUAUCGACGCGCAUUCUGGCUACGAGUUUCCGUGGAGUCUCCACCAUAUUCUGCCUUUCUGGGCCGGUGCGGAGCACCACGACACGCAUCACGAGAAGUUCAUCGGAAACUACUCGAGCUCGUUCAGGUGGUGGGAUUACGUCUUGGACACCGAGAGUGGACCGGAGGCAUCGAAGAGGAGGAGAGAGGCCAAGCUGGCGAAGCUGAGGGCUGCGAAGUCGCAGUAG